AUGAAUUAUUCUAAACCAACUACAGCCGAACUGGAAAAAAUACAAAAAAAUCGAAUUCCUCAAAAUACUAUUAAGUGUACCAACAAGUGGGUUAAAAUUAUGAAUGCUUGGCAAAAUCACGUUAAUGUUGGAUACAAUUAUACACUUGAAUCGGUUACAAGUAAAUCACAACUUGAAAAGGAAGUUUGUGAAUUUAUUUGUGGAGUUCAUACUUUAAAAGGCGAUUAUUAUUCACAAUCUUCUUUAAAAAAUGUUGUGGCUUCAAUUAGUCAACAUCUAUGUGAUGCGAAAUCCAACUGGCAAUAUAAUCUAUUGAAUAAAAGUGAUUUUCCUAAUAUUUUUGCAACUCUUGAUAGAAUGUUAAAAGAGAUGAAAAAAUUAGAAAUAGGAACAAUAAAAUCUUACGACGGAAUUACAACUGAAGAAUUAAAACUUAUUUUAUAUUAUAAAGAAUUAUCUCCAAAUAAUCCUGAAGAUCUUCUUCGUCAUGUUUUUUUUUGGGUUCACGAUACAUUGAUACAAUCUAUAUUUGAUGCUGGAAACGAAGAGUUAGAAGCAAUGGCAAUAUCUGGACAUAUUUCUUCUUCAGUUGAUAAUUCUAAUCAAAAUAAUAAAACGAAUGAUAAAAUCGAUUGUGAAAUAGAUAGUGAAAAGUUACCAAAAGGAUUUGUAAAAGCAUCAA